AUGCUGGUCGAUCAGCGCUACAACACAGGCUCAAAGCCUGUGCAAUGUCGUGGCUACCGCCCGGAAGAGGUGACCGGGGCCCGCGCCAUCAGCGCGCCACAGCGCCCGCGCCGGGGGCUGCGGACGCUAUUGAGAGGGCCGGACCUCUUCAAAACCGCUCAUCUCGGUGCGAAGGGGUAUCCUUACGGGUUACUGUUCUGGCUUGAGGCACUGAUUUCCUCGCUCUCCUUGAACGGGUGCUACGGCAUGCCAAACAGCGGCGAGGACCCGAAGUAG